UCGUACCAACGAAGUUCACACACAUACACACACAAACUCAUACACUCUGGUCAAGAUGCUUCACAUUCUCUUCCUCUUCUCUCUUAUCCUAUCAUCAUCAUCCAUAUCCAAUGCAGCAGACUUCUGUGUAGCUGACCUUAUGGCUGCAGAAGGCCCAGCCGGCUUCCCCUGCAAGGCGGCUGCUAAGGUAACUGCAGAUGACUUUGUGUACACUGCCUUAGCCAAAUCUGGAAACACCACAAACAUCAUAAGUGCAGCAGUGAGCCCAGCCUUUGUGGCCCAAUUCCCAGGUGUGAAUGGGCUUGGAAUUUCUAUAGCCAGGCUAGACUUAGCCCCUGGUGGUGUCAUCCCAUUCCACACACACCCUGGCGCUUCUGAGCUUCUACUUUGUCUUCAUGGUCACAUCCUUGCUGGGUUUGUGUCCUCAGCUAACAAAGUUUAUAUCAAGAAGGUAGGUAAGGGGGAGAUCAUGGUUUUCCCACAAGGAUUGCUGCACUUUCAGGUUAACGCUGGUAAAAACUCGGCUACUGCAUUUGUUUCUUUCAGUAGCCCUGACCCUGGCCUUCAAAUCCUCGACUAUGCUUUGUUUGGUAAUGACUUGCCAUCUAAGUUGGUGGAAACAGUCACUUUCCUCGAUGAUGCUCAAGUCAAGAAGCUCAAGGGUGUUCUUGGAGGCACUGGCUAGGCUAGGCUAGGAUAGGCUUAAUCAUCCGUUAAUUGUCAAUUGUUGUCCAGUAUUAAUUACUUGUUCAUUUUUUUUCAUUCCAUUUUUCCACUGUUCUUCUGUUUCUUCCAUUCUUACUUGUACGUGGUUCAAGUCAAUCUCCUUGUCACUGAAUCUUUCAGAUUAAUGAUAGUAAUAAAUUUGUGUGCCAAUUUCAUCCUAUCUUUCAAUAUAUGGUUUGAGGCCUUGACGAAC